UCUUCGACAGUAGAUGUUUUCUGUUCAAAAUAUAAAUAUUUGGAAAAGUAUAUUAGAUUUUCUUUUGUAUAAUAACAUAAUGCCUCAGAAAAUAUACAUUCGUUUAGCUUCUCAUCGCGUCAAUAGUUCAGUGGCUGUAAAUCAACGAUAUCCUAAGAUAUUUACACCAGGGGAGGUUAUAACCAGUCACAAUGAAUUUAUGAGAGGACAUGGUACAUACGAAGAGAACGGCCAAUUAAAAUCCUCGGUAGCAGGUGUAAGAGAGCAGGUAAACAAUUUGAUUUCCGUGAGACCGCUGAAGAGCAGGUACAAUGGAGAAGUCGGUGAUGUAGUCGUUGGAAGAAUUACAGAAGUACAACAGAAGAGGUGGAAAGUUGAGACUAACUCUAGGUUGGAUUCAGUACUUUUACUUUCGUCUGUCAAUUUACCUGGCGGAGAACUGAGACGUAGAUCUGUAGAAGAUGAGCACAUGAUGAGGCAGUAUCUGCAAGAAGGCGAUCUUAUAAGCGCAGAAGUUCAAAGCGUUUAUUCUGAUGGAUCGCUUUCCCUUCACACAAGGAGUCUAAGAUAUGGAAAGUUGUCGCAAGGUGUCUUAGUGAAAGUGUUUCCGUCCCUUAUCAAAAGGAGUAAGACACAUUUCCAUAAUUUGCCAAUAGGCGUGAGUAUUAUUUUGGGGAACAACGGAUUCAUAUGGAUUUGCCCCCCUAUAAAUAAUUCGGAGGAAAGUGUUGGUGGUUUUAUACAAAACCUGGAGGAGGUUAUUCCGAGGAAGGAAAGGGAAAUGAUUGCUAGGAUUAGAAAUUGUAUUUUAGCUUUAACACAAAGUAAGCUCAUGUUAUACGAUACAAGUAUCUUGUAUGCCUAUGAGGAAUCCCUCAAAUAUACCGUACCCGAGUUGUUAGUUCCCGAAGCUAUGGUAGACAUUGCUCUUUUAACACAGCAGCGGUUGUGCAUGAUCGAGGAUGAGUAGUUAUUUGGUUUUAAUUCUUUUGUGUAAAUGAGCAAUUAAAGUUGAAUACAUAUCACUUUUUAAUUUUA